AUGACGACCCUCGGCGCUGCCGGUCUACCCGGCCCAGUUUCCUCGGAGCACCACCCACAACUCGGCCCACCUUCAAACGAUAUUUCUGACCGGGACCUACUGGCGUUUUCGUCACCUCCAUUGAAUGUCUGCGCUCCGACUACAUCCAACAAGAACCUUCUUCAACCACAGCAAACAAUGUCUGCCAAGUCAGAGAUGCUCAGCGCUUCUGAAAUAGUCGUUCCUGAGGUUGAUACUUCGCUGCCCUCAUGGAGCUCUCACUCUUCAGGCGACCAUGGCUAUUUCCGUGCCUCCCACGCUGUUUACUCCAGUCACUCUCCCUCGUCCAGCAAGCUGGGCUCCAUCUCCUCUACUGACUCCGCUGAGUCCGAGAUCCCGCUCUCGAUGAGGUUCAUGUACAAACCCCUGAGGUCAGGGGACCAGCUACGGAAAGCUAGCGACCCCACCAGGCGUAAUUCCUUGAUGAAUGCUCACAUUGACGAGCUGUCCACGGCCUCGCCUCCUCGCGAUGCCCUGGAGUCCCCUUCGCAUCUGCGCUCCUUCUCCAUGGACGCUGCUCCCUACCGGCUCGUACGCAAAAAGUCAGGGGAAAUCGUCAAGAGUCUGUUGAAGGAUAACAUCUCCAAGCAUCGGUCAAAGUCGCUACCUUCCACGCCCAGCUUCAAGCUGGUGCACUUUGGUGACGAUGCCGAUGUGCGCUAUUUCUCCAAGAAGGAUAGGCCCACAGCGAUCCUGGCUCUGAAUUCUCCCUCUUUGGACACUCAGUCCAACGGCGAAGAUGAUGACGAUAUGAGCGGCGACGAUGAAGAUUAUCUUUCUCGGGCACAGGCCAUGAUUGACUAUUACGACGACGAGCUCAAUUCUCAUGCAGAUAGCUCCUACGCCCCACAAAAGGCUAGUGGCAUCACGAAAUAUCCAUCGCCUCACCAUGGGCGACUCAUUGACUGGGACGUAAAUGUCAUUAACCUACCUUCGUCGCUGGUUCAUGAUCGCAUAGUCAGCAUCCAUCCACCAGUCUUUUUGGAGCGGGUGUUUGUUUCGCCCGACAAAAAGUUCUUACUAGGUCACAUUGCAGUGAAUAAUAUCGCAUUCGAGAAGUCCGUCACUGUGCGCUACACUUUGGAUAACUGGGCUACCAUUGUCGAGAUUCCAACGAUGUACGUGCCUGAUAUACCUACCACAUUGCGCAACCACAACUACGACAGAUUCAUGUUCAAAAUUCCGCUUGACUCUAUGUUUAACUCAUUCCAUUUAAGUGACGAAGGUGCUUUCCUGUUUAGUCGGCAGCAUGAAAAAAUGUACCAUAUGUGCAUCCGCUAUUGCUUACCUGGUCACGAAUUCUGGGAUAAUAAUGGCGGCAAAGAUUACCUGAUAAAACUCAAGAAAACUAUCCGAUCCAUGGAACAGCUGGCUGGCCCAGGAAUGAAAAACGGAUCAGUAAAUGAGAGAGCUACCCCUCGUCUUCAAGGUGGUGUCAUGGAGCUUCCUAAGACGGCAAGGUCUAAGCCUGAAGAACAUAGUCAAAGGCCAAAGUACUCCUCUCAUUACAUGAAAAGAUUUCACUCAGAGCCUAAUUUGAAAAAUGUCAAUCUGGAUAUCACAAAGGGUCUGGACACUUCAACAAAUUCUGCUGCAGAAAACAAUCAAAUGGGGAAGGAUAAUAUGUAUUUCACAUCACCUCGCAACUCAAAUAUUGGCGGUAUUCGUGGCAACGGUGUCAACAACCUUGAUCCUCAGUCUGAAGAACCCACUCUGGAUUCGUCACAAACUUCUCGAGGCAUGUCCUCCUCGAACACCGAAGCACUUAGUGAAACAGUGCUACCUCCUCCAGACUUGGCUCCGAAUCCUCCAACUAAAAAUACUAUUGAGAAGGAUAAGAACUCGUCGAACUUCAACAAUCUCUUGGACUCAAAGUCCUACCGGGAACUUUUGGAUUCAUACUGUUUCUUCACUUCUCCUUCUCGGAGUUGCCCUACCAAUGCAUCAGCUUCAGAAGACAAUUCACCCACUGAUACCACGGAUGCUCCUCCAGUGCGAGUCCCAGAUACUGAUGGCACGUUUACUAUAUCAUCAUUUUUGAGAAGUUAA